AUGACUGUAGUUCACAUCAUUGACGUUGAAAGUGGGAACCUUCAGUCCCUAACAAAUGCCAUUGAGUAUCUUGGAUAUGAUGUUCACUUAGUGAAAAGUGCAGACGAUCCUGAUCUAGCUAACGCAUCUUUGUUGAUUCUUCCAGGGGUGGGUAAUUUUGGGCACUUUGUCGAUAAUCUAUACUCUCGUGGAUUUGAGAAGCCGAUCAUGGACUAUGUUAAAGGAGGAAAACCAAUUAUGGGUAUCUGUGUUGGUUUGCAGGCAUUAUUUUCAGCUUCCUCUGAGAGUCCGACGAGUAAAGGUUUGGAGAUAGUUGAUAUGAAACUCUCCAGGUUUGAUGAAUCCACUAAAUCGGUCCCUGAAAUUGGCUGGAACACAUGUACCAUCGACGGUGAACAGUCAUUAUUUGGAAUUGACCCAUUCAAAAGGUUUUAUUUUGUUCAUUCAUAUGCGGCUAUAUUGACGCCAGAGACUGAAAAGAAAUUACAUGAAGGGGGCUGGAAAAUCGCUAAAGCGCGGUACGGUGAUGAAGAAUUCGUUGCUGCUGUUUGUAGAGGCAAUGUCUUCGCAACACAGUUUCAUCCCGAAAAAUCGAGUAAAGCGGGUCUAGAUGUGCUUGACAAUUUCUUGAAACAAAGGCAUCCCGUAACUCAUUAUACGGAUGAGGAGAAGUCCUUAGCAGAAAAUGAUUAUUCAAAUAAUGGUUUGACGAGAAGAAUCAUCGCUUGUCUUGAUGUCCGUACCAACGAUCAGGGUGACUUAGUCGUUACGAAAGGUGAUCAGUACGAUGUUCGCGAGAAGACAAGUGGCAAUGAUGUGAGAAACUUGGGUAAACCGGUAGAAAUGGCUCAAAAAUACUAUGAGCAGGGUGCAGAUGAAGUGACUUUCUUGAACAUAACAUCUUUCAGGGAUUGCCCACUUAAAGAUACGCCUAUGCUCGAAGUUUUGAAAAGAGCUGCACAAACUAUUUUUGUUCCUCUUACAGUCGGCGGUGGUAUUAAAGAUAUUGUGGAUUUAGACGGGACGAAGAUACCUGCUCACGAAGUUGCAAAUCUUUACUUCAGAUCUGGGGCUGACAAAGUUUCUAUAGGUACUGAUGCCGUGUAUGCUGCUGAAAAUUAUUACUCUAACGGUUGCACCGGAGAUGGAACUUCGCCCAUUGAGACUAUAUCGAAGGCCUACGGUGCGCAAGCAGUCGUGGUAUCAGUAGAUCCAAAGAAAGUAUACGUUAAUAGCCCAAACGAAACAAAAAACAAGACAUUCCAAUCAAGAUUUCCUGAUAAUGAGGGGAGGACAUGGUGUUGGUACCAGUGUACUAUCAAAGGCGGGAGAGAGUCUAGAGACUUAGGUGUUUGGGAACUCACAAAAGCAUCGGAGGCUCUAGGUGCAGGUGAAAUUUUAUUAAAUUGCAUUGAUAAAGAUGGUUCUAACUCGGGAUAUGAUCUUGAGCUUAUUGAGCAUGUAAAAAAUGCAGUUAAAGUACCGGUAAUCGCGUCAAGUGGUGCCGGUAAUCCUGGACAUUUCAAAGAAGCAUUCGAGAUGACCCGUGCAGAUGCUUGUUUGGGUGCCGGUAUGUUUCAUAGAGGUGAAUACACCGUUAAUGAUGUGAAAAGACAUUUAUUGCAGCACGGUUUCAAAGUCAGACUCGACCAAACACAAAAUAAUUAG